CAAGUCCUAGAUCAGUGGGUAAUGAGAAUUGGAAUGAAAAAGCAAAGCUAAAACUCAGAGAGUAUAACUUGAUGCAAUAUUUUCUAUAUUAAGUUUAUAUAAUUUGUUGAGAAAAAUUAUUUUUUCGUUUAUAUAAAUAUAUAUUCUAUCAUGAGCGCUGUUGAAUGGAUGGACAAGGCUUUGCAAGAAGCUGAAGAGUCGUUGGAAAGAGGUGAAGUUCCGGUAGGAUGUUUAUUUAUCCACGAUAAUAAGAUAAUCGCGACAGGUAGUAACACUGUUAACGAAACCCGUAACGCCACUCGUCAUGCUGAGCUCAAUUGUAUUGAUGAUGUACUAGUCUACUGCCAAGAAAAUAAUUUAGAUUAUAAGGAAUUUUUCAAAAAUAUCGACGUUGUAGUAACCGUAGAACCAUGCAUUAUGUGCGCCGCGGCUCUUCAUCAGUUGCGCAUUCGUAGUAUCAUAUAUGGCUGUGCCAACGAUAGGUUUGGAGGUUGUAAAAGUGUUUACGAAGUAUCUAAAGUUUAUGAAUCUCAGAUAAAUGUAGUAGGCAACGUCAAAAGCGACGAAGCAAUGCAAUUACUUAAAAACUUCUAUAAGGGUACAAAUCCGAAUGCGCCGGAAGCUAAAAAAGGCCGUAAGAAGAAAGUGGACAAUAAGUGA